CGCACGCGCACACACACACACAAACACGCACCAAGUCUUUGCCUUUGCACUAUAGCUGGGCUUAUACGAUAAUACGCAGAUCCAGCCUCCCGAUUCUCUGUACUCAUAACCGCACUUCGAUUUCAUGUCAGUCUCGUAUGGAAACAAGGGGUCAAAUAAAAGGACAUUUAGAAGGAGUCACUGAAUUUUUACCCCGUGCUGCAUUCUCGGCGCAACCCGAUCGUCACACAGAUUUGUUUCUUCUCUUUGUUUUAUCGACAGCAUCCACUACCACCACCAAACAAAUAUUGUCGGCGUCAGGCCGGACGGCCUCAAGCGCGAAAGGUCACACAUGUACACGCACAAGACUGGAGACCAUCAGACUGACCCAUCCUCGUGUCUCGUUGAAUUCCCCUCGCUUCGGUUUCAUCGUUGUUGUAUACCCCUUUGUAACAUCCACACCACACCAGAUAUCCCCAGCCAUUGUUUUCGCAGCUUUGAAAGCACCAGCAUUUGUCAUUCGCCCACGCAGUGGCUGUUUCUCACAUACACCCAGACACAAUAGACAUGUUCGCCUCCAGAGGCCAAGGAAAGAGCGCGGGAGGAAUUUCAUCAGAAACAGGUUGAGACUUAGAUCCACCAAUCUAUAACAUUGCAGUGCGGAUUAUACAUAGUUCUUCACAAAUGACAGCAGUCUUGGCAUUUGAGUUCCUAUCGCUUCCUCUUUCUAAGCGGUCGCAGCCACUUGAAGUCUACAGCCUUCGUUCCUUACCCCUUAUUAAUCUCCCGCAAAGCCACUUUGCAAGAACCCAA